AUGAGGGUGGCCAAGGUUGAGGAGUUUAUCAGCCUUAAGCAGGGAUCCAUGACAAUCAGGGAGUAUUCGCUGAAGUUUGUUAAACUGUCCAGGUUCCUCAUAGGAAUCAAUGGAGUUUUAGAGGAGUGUAGGUCUGCGAUGCUCCACGAUAACAUGGACCUCUCAAGGUUUAUGGUGCAUGUCCAGCAGGAACCAGCCAUAGAGGCCGCAGAAAAAAAAUUUGCGUCAGUGAGAUGCCCAGGUUCAAAAGAGGGCAACAAACUUCAGGGAACUCUAACUCUCAGAAGAUUACAACAUCUACAGGAGUGGAUAGUGCAGACAGGCACUAAUAUCAGCUUCAAUUGCAGUAAGAGCGGGCACAUGAUUAAGGACUGCCCACAGAAACGAGGUCAGGCUAGAGGUAAUGAUCAGCCUAGGCCUAAUCCACAGGAUGCAGCAACAGCCAUGUCACUUAAGAGGAAAAGGUUCUAUGCCCUGAAGGGAAGGGAGGAGCAGGAGAAGUUCGUUGAUGUGGUCACAGGGUGGUAA